UUAGUAGGUGUUGUUGCAAGAACUCCUGAACUCCGCGACUUAUUACUCGUUAUACAGUUAUAGCGUUAAUUAUUUUCUUCAGUGUGAAUUCUUAAUUUGUCAGUUACGGUAUGGACAAAGCGCAGCAUAAUGAUAUUGACCCACAAACGAAAGAUGAAGAAUCCUGCGAUACACAAACAGACGCGUUACCUUCACUUACAACUAUACUGGGAAAGAAAAAGGUGAAUGGUGGAAAGUCAAAAAACCAUAACAUCGCUGACAAACUUCUGAAGUACAGGAUGGACUACCCAAACACUAGCGAGAGAGGACAUGCUGUAAUAAUAAACAAUGAAAACUUUCACUGGACAACAGGUAUGAAUUCAAGAAAAGGAACUGACGCAGAUGCCAACAAUCUCUCCAGAUUGUUUAACAAACUUGAUUUCAAGGUUGGAGUUUAUAGAGACCAGACAACAACAGACAUGAUGGAGAUUGUGAAACAAAUGGCUGACAAAGACCACAAAGAUUACGAUUGUUUUAUUAUGGUGUUGCUUAGUCAUGGAGAUGAUGGUAAGAUUUAUGGAACUGAUGGAUUAGUAGAAAUCAAGAAAAUUGUUGACAGCUUUCGUGGUGAAAGUUGUCCUAGUUUAGCAGGGAAACCAAAGAUUUUCCUUUUCCAGGCAUGCAGAGGAACCAAGCAUGAAGUACCAAUAAAGCCAUCAGGAGAUACAGUUGAUAGUGCCGAUGUUGUUGACAGCAAAAAGCAAAAUGAAACAGUAGUUGAUGCUGCUGUCAAAGCAACCAUUCCAAGUGGAUCUGAUUUUCUUUUUUGCUAUUCCGUUGCUGAAGGCUUCUAUUCUCACCGAGAUACUUUGUAUGGAUCAUGGUACGUUCAAGCAUUUGUGGAAGUUUUCGAAGAAGAAUUGAUUAACAAAGGCAAAGACAAUGCAGAAAAGAUGGAUGUACUAGAUUUAUUAACUCUAGUCAAUUACAAGGUGUCACUGAGACGCGUGGAAAGGACAAGGAAUCCUGAUGCUAUUGGAAAGAAGCAAAUGCCCUGCUUUCUUUCAAUGCUAACAAAAAAGUUAUUUCUGACACCAAAGAAAUGAAAUUUGUUGGCGUAUUUUGCUUAAAUAGGAGUUGCUAAUCUAUUACGCGAGAGAUGUAUCUUGUGUGCAAUCUUUAGCCACUGAUAAAACAUGUCUGUAUGCAUGAUUUUACCUUGGCUUACGCUUGUUCAGAAGAUUGGCGUGAUUCAUGCUUACACAAGUAGAUGCAAUAUGUAUUUUAUUAACGUACUGAUUAAUUUGCACAACUUAUUUUUGUAUUAUCCGUAAUUAAAUUGGAUUUAGAUCUAUAGAGAUAAAUAUUGUAUCAAAGCUGACAAAUUAAAGUAAAUACCAUUUUCCUGACCAUAUAAGCUGCUCAUAGUCUCGUGUUCACUAAAUAUUGACACACA